UCUUUGAAGAACGUUUGUGAUGAUUUAAUCUAAUUAGCUGACGCAAAAUAUCCCCAAAGGAUGGUAUAAUCCAAUUAUCUGGUAUCGUGUUGCCCAGUGUUUGGAUGAAUAGCCCAACCUGCUUCACGAUUAGCUAGCAAGGACUAAAGCUACCUGUUGAACUGACGCUAUUUUCCACCGUUUGAGCCCAGAAACGGAGAUAGAUUGGCAAGGUCUGAAACAGCCAUCACAGGAACGUAGCGCUGAGAUUAUGAUGAUUUGCAGAGAAAAGCAAACGUACACUUGUUUACAUAUCAGGUUCCCAACAGCUUAGUGGCGGAUUUCCUUUGCAUAGAAAACAUUAUGUCGGGCUCCGUGAAAAUGGAGUCAGGACCGGCGGAGAGCGCUACCUGGCGGAUGUCUACUGUAACUGCAGGUAAAGGCAGUCGCGGGAAGAACGCCAAGGGUCCGUCCAAAGAUACUACGUCCCGUUCUGAGGACACAAAGCCGCGGGUUCCGUGGAAGUCGUUCGGCGGCAGGAUCAAAACGCCUCAGACGGUGGAGUUUGAUCGACAGUUGGAUCACGUGGCCAAAUGGGUGGAAGAGUGGAGCCACAAAAAGAGAAUCAUAGUCCUAGAGGCCCUACUGAAGAGAUGUAACUAUCAACAGUUCCAGUUCUUAUGGACAGUGUCACAACCCACCCUGCACAGAGACUUCAUGUUCGCGGCGAAGCGAGACUACCCCAGUACCAAGUUUGUACCGAUCAGCACACAUCUCACACGGGAGAUCAGACAUCGUCUGGAACUAUACAGGAGUGACAAGACACACAGACUGAAGAGCGCGCUCUUACAGACCCCGUCUGACGUCAAACACGUCAACCAACCAGAGACGACCUUCCCAAGGAUAGACUCUCAGCACAGCAAAAAGUCCCAGAUUCCGCUGUCCAGAAGCACGGGGAGUGUGAAACUGCCGAGCAUCCGACAGCAGUCCGCGGCUUGCGGGGGAGGACUGGUGGAUAAGGAGUUGUCUCAGUCCGCGCCGGUCUCACAGUGGUUGAAAGGCAUGCCCAGUAGGAGACACGUACAGGAGGAGCUCAGUCCCAGGACCGAGGGGAAGAUCGUCCCUUCUGCCGGCACGAUGCGUAAGGCCGUCAGCGAGUCCUUCCUCACUAGGGACGAGAGAGCGCAGACUCGGUCGGGAAUCUUACCCAGGGAGGCCUGGCAGCUCAUCCUUUGGUUCGAACAGUCGUGGGACGAUGUAAAGAGAAACGAGUUUCUACACAAGUUACUUCUGAAGCUGGACCCACGGCAGCAUUACUUCAUCUCAUCUUAUCUGUCGGUGAAACAGUACAGAGACUUCAUCACGUUACUACCCGAGCACCUCGCGCUGAAGAUCCUGAGCUACCUGAAGCCGACCGAGCUGCUGUCGGCUUCCCGAGUCAGCCAGGCCUGGAACAGAAUCAUCAGCGACCAGGGGCUCUGGAGGGUCAAGUGUUACGAGACCGUUAUGAAACUGCCCAUCACAGCACAUGUGCAAGACUGGAAGAAACUUUACAAAGACAACUGGUUCCUGCAGAGGAACUGGGAUAUCGGCAGGUGUCGCAUCACGGAGAUCAGAGGACACACAGACAAAGUGCUGUCCGUGGCGUUUGAAGGCCGGAGGAUGGCUAGCGGCAGCGCGGACAAACUUGUCCGAGUCUGGGACAUCAAGACAGGCAACCUGCUCCACACACUCAAAGGACACACGAAAGGCAUCUGGUGUCUGCAGUUCUUCACCAAACACCUGAUCCUCAGCGGUUCGUACGACUCCACCAUCAAGAUCUGGAACCUGCGCACGAACACCUGCGCACGGACGCUGUUCGGGCACGAGGGGCCGGUGUGGGCACUGGUCAGGAAGGACGUCAUGAUGGUCACUGGGUCACAGGACAAGACAGCUAAGAUCUGGGAGAUCCGUCGCUGCCGCCUGGCGCACACGCUGAAGGGCCACUCCGCCGCUGUGUUCGCCGUGGACAUGGACGACGACUGUACCAUCGUCAUCACCGGCUCCGCUGAUAGGAGUAUCCGUAUAUGGAGCUGUGAAAGUGGGCGGAGUCUGAAGACCAUCUGGGCGUCCCACACCACGUCAAUCAUGACCGUGAGCUACCACCGCGGCUUCUUCGCCUGCUCCUCCGGAGGGAUGAUCUUCCUCUGGAACCUCAAGACGGCCACGUGCAUCAAGAAGUUCCACGAACACGAGAAAAGAGUGGAAAAGCUUCAGCUCCAGAUCACCAACCCUGAGAAAGUGGAAGGACUCAUGGUGUCCGCGGGGAAGGACGGCAUGAUCAAGUACUGGGACAUCAGCAAGGACAAGUCCAUACAGACCAUGAAAGGUCACAAGGGUCAGAUCAACUGCAUCCAGUUCGACGAGACCAAGAUGGCGACGGCCUCCGCGGACGGGAAGAUUCGGGUCUGGGACUUCCACAUAUCCAGCAAAACGGACACCAACGUGGUCAGGGUCAAGGAUUACGUGGAUCCGACGUGAACUUCGGGACUCGUGACAAAAGUAUGACUUGAAGUGGUCAGGUGAGGAUCACGCAGUGGUCACGUGAGGAUCACGUGACAAGAGUAUGACUUGUAGUGGUGAUCACGUGACGGUAGUACGACUGCAAGUGGACUGGUAAUGAUUUGUAUGUUGACUUCGCAAUAAGAAAUUAUGAAUAUUUUGUAAAUAUACAGAAAAAACAUAGUUAAGACCUACAUAUGGCAGUGGAAAUGGUACCAAGGAAGCCUUUUGAUGUGAUAAGUUGUUUCCUUUGAGAACUAUAGAAAAAACGACCACCUGUUAAUAGAUCAAAGUGGUUGUACCAUGGUAUAAGCCAAGAUAAAACUUUAUACAUGAUUUGCUGCUAAACGUGCAUUCCGUCCUUUCAGCCAGACUUUGGGUACUGGAUU